CACCGCGGCAGCUUUGUGGUGCUGCUUCGUGAAGCUUAAUUUUACCGACUGACUGCUUUGUGUUUUAUUGAGCAACAUGUAAACGUUGUGCGGAUGUUUUUUCCUCCUACUUUAUACGAAUAAAAUGUCCACGGUGAAGGAGAGUAAAAGCUGUGCAGACGGUUACCGGGCUUUAAGCUCCGGAGAGCUGAGGCAGCUUUUACAAAACGACCACAAAAUGGAUCAUAUCGUUCGCCUCAGUGAUAAGUUUCAGGAGCUGCAAGUGGACAGAGAGACAUUACUGACAUCAAAUCGGAGCUUGGCGGAGGAGAGUCUCACCCGAAAACCCCACCUUAAUAAUGGCAAACUGCAACUGGCGGAAAAAUAUCAGGAACUGUCCAACCUGGCAACCACAUGCUGGGAAAAACAGAGUCAGCUUGAGGCUCACAUCCAGAAGCACAGCCUGCAGGGGGCGCUGAACCUCCUGCGGGAGGAGAUGACCCGAGCAGAGGAGCGUUCAGAGGAGCUGCUGGAGCAGUUCAUGGAGGGAACUGUAAGUCUGGAUGAGUUUUUGGAUUCUUUUCAAAGCUCCAGGAAGACUUACCAUAUCCGCCGGGCUCAAGCGGAGAAGAUGCAGGAGGUGACCAAAGCCCAGCAGCAACCAGCCAAGACAAAACGAGCGGCGGAGCAGGAGAGCAAAGUCCACAAGGUGAAGGAGGACUCUAAGCAGGCAGAGGAAGCUCCCCGUCCCAACGGCUUUGUAGCCCAGGGACCUCUUAGAGUGUUCCAGGUCCGCUACGGCCUCACACCAGCCAUCCUGCUUCCCCGUUACCCCGUUUCUCCCCCAACUUCAGCCCAUCAAAGCAGGACACCCGCCCCUGAAUCCCAGAUAGGACAACCCCACAUCUUCACCAGCAGCACCCCACUCUCUGGACACGGUCAGCCGGUUAGCCUCAGAGUUAUUGGACAGUUACAAGGAGGAUGGCCCGCCGGCGGUCGGCCAGUACGGCUUCAGCAGCUGUAUAGACCAAACCCUCAGCAGCAUGAACCGCCGUACCGAUAAGAUGGAACCGUAGAUGAGGAUCUGGUCAAAGUGCCUUCAAAGACAUGGAACCAACCAGUGGCUUUCAGCUGGAGUAUGUGAGGACUGAUCCAGAGACAGUCAGCAUGGCGGUGGGUCUGUCCAACAUCUGUGAAAACACCAAAGUAGCACAUGGGACACAAAGGGACCUGUCACAGACGAACAGAGGUGAGGAACUGCUUCAGGAGUGUUUCCAAAAACUCAGGAAUUUAUCAAGUGUCUUUCAUCAAAGAACUAGGGACCAUUGUACUUCCUGAACUAUAGUUCUCAAGAGGUUUUUUGUCUCUACUCCAAGGUAGGUAUAUUUAAGUGGUACAGGAACUACUAUGUGGAGCUUACAAUACUGAGCAAUUGCUGAUUGUUCAGAAACAAGUUUUGUCUCAUGGCCGUUCAGUCGCAGUCGAGCACAAGACGGAGGAAAGUUUUCAGACUAAAAAACAGCAUGUGUUAUGAAAAAUGGAAACUAACAACACUGUCCUGGAAGUUAAAAGUACAGCCUGGCCGAUAUAUCUGUUGCCCGAUAAUAUCCGUCGAUGUGAUCGGCUUUAUUUUUGCAGAUAUGAAAACUUAUUUUACAGAAUAAACAAUGCAGAAAAACACUUUGCUGGAAAUGGUGUCAUUACAUAGUUUGUCCAGCAGAGGGCACUCUGAUAGCAUUGUUUGCCCUGCUGUUAAGCAUGGAUGGGACCCCAUCACCCCUUGGGCACAUUAGCUACAGGAGACAGAGGCAAAGUGAGCAGCUGGCCUUCAUUUUCAAUCAAAGUGGGUGUUUCACAGCCACAAGAGAGAAGUGCUCGCUAUGCCGUCAGCUAGGCAGGACCAAAAUGGAGGAGAUGUCUAUUGUAUGCAAAUUCUGAGCGAUGCAACAUGGCGACUGCCAAUCCAGGUGAUGACAGAGUGAUGUACGGUGUUUGGUUGAUGGUUAUAUUUAUAGUUAUUUAUGUGUUUAUUUUGUAAAAAAAAUAAGCCUCAGUUAUAAGCAAAAA